AUCUACCAUAUGGUGGUUAUAUUUUCGUACGCAAUGUGCAUAUUAUAAAUCUUAUGUUAAUCUGUGAUAUAUUGAAUUUAAUAUUGAUAUAAUUAUGGAAUCCAAUUAUUUUCAAAAUAUUGUGAAUGCCGAAUACAAUCGGAAAUAUGAUAAAUAUAUCACAUAUGGAACAGCUGGCUUUAGAACAAAAUCAAAUGUUCUGGAACAUGUUUUAUAUAGAAUGGGUCUUUUAGCAGUUUUAAGAUCAAAAGCAACAAGAGCUGCCAUAGGUUUAAUGAUUACAGCAAGUCAUAACUUGGAGCCUGACAAUGGUAUUAAACUCAUUGAUCCUGCUGGAGAGAUGCUUGAAGCUUCUUGGGAAACUAUAGCAACAAAUUUAGCUAAUGUGCAAGAUAGUGAUUUGAUACAUGUAUUAACAGAUAUAUCUAUAAAAGAAAAUAUUGACUUAUCAACACCAGCCAAGGUGAUAACAGGAAGAGAUUCUCGUAAAAGUAGUCCUAUCUUAUUAAAUGCUGCAUUAGCAGGAAUCAGAGCUUUGAAUGGUAAUAUUACUGAUUUAGGAUUAGUUACAACUCCACAGCUGCACUAUAUUGUUGUAUGCAUAAACACUAAUGGUGCUUAUGGCGAUCCCACUCUACAAGGAUAUUAUUCAAAACUUGCAACAGUAUUCAAAAGUAUUAAAGGUGCUGAGAAAAACAAUAAAAAGUACACAAGUGUACUAAACCUAGAUGCUGCAAAUGGUGUUGGUGCUAUUGCAGUGAAGGAAUUUCAAAGAUAUUUGAUGGAUGCAUUGGAUAUUAAUCUAUUCAAUGAUGGAAGCGGAAGCUUGAAUCAUAUGUGCGGUGCAGAUUAUGUCAAGGUACAACAGACCAUGCCUUUAAAUAUCCCUUCUGAAACAAAUGUUAGAUGCGUUAGUAUCGAUGGGGAUGCAGAUAGAGUGGUGUAUUUUUAUGUAGAUGAAAAUAACAAAUUCCACCUUUUGGAUGGAGACCGAAUAGCGACGCUGGUAGCAGCCUAUUUUAAGGAACUAUUAACAAUGAGCGGUUUAUCUUUACAAUUGGGCUUAGUACAAACAGCAUAUGCUAACGGUGGUUCAACUGAUUACAUUUCGAACGUAUUACAAGUACCAGUCGCGUGCGUGCCAACUGGUGUGAAACAUUUACACAAGAAAGCGCUGGAAUUCGAUAUUGGAAUCUAUUUCGAAGCAAAUGGGCAUGGAACCGUAAUCUUCAAGGAUACUGCUAAGGAAGUUAUUAAGAAUCAUGCUAAGAAUGAAAAGCUUUCGGAAGCACAAAAAACGGCCUCCACAAAACUGAAAGACGUAAUUGAUUUGAUAAACGAGACGGUCGGUGAUGCAUUGAGCGAUAUGCUGUUAGUCGAGACUAUAUUACACGCCAAAGGCUGGGACAUUAUCGAGUGGGAAAGGAGUUACAAUGAUUUGCCGAAUAAACAACUUAAAGUCAGUGUCAGAGAUAGAAAUAUUAUAACAACAACAAACGCGGAAAGACAUUGCUUGACGCCUGUUGGUUUACAAGAAGAGAUUGAUAAAGCUGUAUCUAAAUAUUCAAGAGGUCGAUCUUUCGUUAGGCCUUCUGGAACUGAAGACAUCGUGCGAGUUUAUGCGGAAUGUGAAAAUCCAUCGGAUGUUAACAAAUUAGCUGUGGAAGUAGCCUCACUCAUAUAUAGAUUAGCAGAUGGUGUUGGACCUGAACCCUCAUGAUUAAAUUUGAAGUUAUAUAAUUAUAUCCAUUAUAUAAAAAACAAUAAUUUAGUAUUCUAGCUAGAUUUCAAGUUCUGUUUGUAUAUUGCAUUUAAAUCUUGGCACAUAAAAUACCAUAAAACAGUAUUUUAAAAAAUUUUAAUAUAAAUGUAUUAAAGAACUGAUCAUUUAAUCAUCGAGAAACUUUUUACAUAAUUUGUGAAAAGUAUUUUAUUAGAUGAAUUGUAUUGCAAUAUACAAGUUUUUACUGGUAGUUUUUACUGCUGGUCUAUUCU